AUCUUGUCAUUGUCGCAUCAUCCGACGACUGAUGCAGACUCAUCCACUGGCACUUCCCGUUCCGUUUAGUCCCACUGACCGACGGACCGAAAUCGAGACCUCGAACCUCCUCCGCCGAAAGCACUUCCGUGUUCCUUCCCUGAAGACGUUCAAUUGAUCGUUAUAGGCACGCACGACGGGAAAGAACUACCGGAUACAACUCCUCCACACCUGCACGCGACACCUACGUAAGAGCGCGCAGAAGAACACAACUGAGGAAAAUAUCAGCAUGUCUGACGGGAGACUGCAGUCCUCUCGUGAUGACCACCGCCGCCGCGACCACGGUGACCGCCGCGAGAACCGUCGCUCGCGAUCUCCGCACGACCGCCGCAACCAGAGACGCGGUCAGCCCGAGGUAGACAGCUAUUCUUCGCAACGAGGAUACCGUGAGCGCGAGCGCGAGGAUCGCUACGGCGGUGGCCGCGGUGACCGCAGAGACGACCGCCAAUGGGGUGGAGACCGUGGAUCCGCUCGGCGCGAUGCUCGACGCGAUGAUGACGGCGACCGUCGCCGUGGAGGUGACCGUCGCGGAGAGGACAACCGUGAUCGUGGACGUGAUCGCGACGACAUGAGACAGCUCGAGAAUCAGUCCAAGCGCAAAAGCGCUUCACCACCGCGCAAGCCAAAGGAGCCCACGCCCGAUCUUACCGACAUCGUUCCGAUUCUGGAAAAGCCUCGCCGGAUGACGCAGUGGGAUGUCAAGCCUCCGGGAUACGAGAAUGUCACUGCUGAACAGGCUAAGCUCUCUGGCAUGUUUCCACUUCCUGGCGCACCUCGUGUGCCGGCAAUGGACGCCAACAGGCUCAAGGAGUUCAUGGCUCAGCCAGGCUCGCAGGCUAAUACUUCAGCUCUCAAGCCUUCUUCGGCUCGCCAAUCGAAGCGUCUGCUCGUUUACAACCUCCCAGCAUCGGCUACUGAUGAUAGUCUCAUGGACUUUUUCAACUUGCAGCUUAAUGGGCUCAACGUGACUAAAGGCGCAGACCCGUGCAUCUCCGCAAACAUCAGCCAGGGCAACGGAUACGCUCUACUGGAGUUCAAGACUCCCGAGGAUGCCACCAAUGCAAUGGCCAUGGAUGGUAUCAAGAUGGAAGCCGAUGUCGACAUGGGCAAUGGCGAAUCAAAUGGUACCUCGAAGGGUCUGGAAAUCAAGAGACCAAAGGACUACAUUGUGCCGACCGUGUCCGAUGAGACCGAGAACACCUCUGGCCUUUUCUCCUCCAUCGUCCCAGAUACGCAAAACAAGAUUUCGAUCACCAACAUCCCUGUCUACCUCCAGGAAGAGCAGGUCGUCGAGUUGCUGACCUCCUUUGGCCAGCUGAAGAACUUUGUUCUUGUCAAGGACAAGUCGACCGAAGAAAGCCGCGGCAUUGCAUUCGUCGAGUACAAGGACCCCGAUUCGACGACCAAAAUAGCACUCGAGGCGCUGAACGGGAUGGACCUCGGCGAUGCUGCUUUGAAGGUGAAGCUUGCCAGUAUUGGUAUUCAGCAGGUCAGCGGAGAAAUGACCGUGGGCGCCAUGGGUCUCAUCGCUGGAACUAAGAGCACCGAUGCUGACAACGGGCGCGUGUUGUGCCUCAUGAACAUGAUUACACCAGAAGAGCUUAUGGAUGCUGACGAAGCAGAUGAAAUCCUCGAGGAUGUCAAGGAAGAAUGCGCGAAGUACGGCGAAUUGAUGGAGGUCAAGAUGCCCCGACCCACUGGCGGCUCGCGUCAAAACAAUGGAAUCGGUAAGAUUUAUCUGAAAUACAAGGCCCCGGACAGCGCCGCGAAGGCAUUGGGAGCGUUGGCAGGCAGGAAGUUUGCGGAUCGUACUGUCGUUGUGACUUACUUCGGAGAGGAGUACUUUGACGUCAACGCAUGGUAG